GUACCCCGCAGGUCAGAAGCUUGAGCGCAGUGCUGAUGUCCCCCGGGGCGAUAGCAUGUAGGCUGGCUGCACUCAGAUAGAUGUCUUUGAGAUCGUACAUGGGGUUGAGUGGCCGCCCGAGCCCUUGGGCCGCGCACCGCACAGCGCGUGAUGCGGCUGAGAAAACGCGGGCUCCACAGCUCGUCGCGGGGCUCCAGUCGUGUUUGACCUCGGCCCAGCGCGAGCCGAGCGAGCUCCGACGUCAGGGCCCAGAGCCAAGCUCCGGAGACCUGGAGCACGCUGCUCACAUGUAAAUUGCAGGUUGUGCCUUUGUGCCUUUGUUUUUUUGUUCUCGCUUUCUUGGUCGCUGUCGCUGCCUGGCCUUCUUCCUAGGUAUAUCUUUCUCACCGCGAGCAGCUCUCGCCCCCAAUCGCUUGUGGAGAGUGAAGCGGAAGACGACAAGCACGUGCAAUGUCGAACAAGCUCCCCGCCGCGCUGUCGCCAGAGAACCUCCCCUCGAAAGAGGAGUUGAAGGAAGAUGUCAAGGCCGCCUCCAAGAACAGCUUGCAGUCCCUGCGCGCCCUCGUCGCCGGCGGCGUGGGCGGCAUCUGCGCCGUCGUCGUGGGCCACCCGUUCGACCUCGUCAAAGUGCGCCUGCAGACGGCGGAGAAGGGCGUGUACAGCGGCGCAAUGGACGUCGUGCGGCGCACGAUUGCGAAGGAGGGCAUGGCGAGGGGGCUGUAUGCGGGUGUGAGUGCGCCGCUCGUGGGUGUUACGCCGAUGUUCGCGGUAUCCUUCUGGGGCUACGACGUCGGCAAGCAACUUGUCUCCUCAUUCUCCACCGUCCACAACAACCAAUACUCGGUCGCCCAGGUCUCCGCCGCCGGCUUCUUCUCUGCCAUCCCCAUGACGCUCAUCACCGCCCCCUUUGAGCGCGUAAAGGUCCUCCUCCAGAUCCAGGGCCAGAAGCAGCUUGCCCCCGGCGAAAAGCCAAAAUACGCCGGUGGCGUCGACGUCGUGCGCCAGCUGUACCGCGAGGGCGGCAUCCGCUCCGUCUUCCGCGGGUCCGCCAUGACGCUUGCCCGUGAUGGGCCGGGGAGCGCGUGUUACUUUGCGACGUACGAGGUCGUGAAGCGCAAGUUGACGCCCAAGGACCCGGUCACCGGGGCCCCAGGCAAGCUCUCGCUGAGCGCCGUCAUGGUGGCGGGCGGUGCCGCGGGCAUCGCCAUGUGGAUCCCCGUGUUCCCGAUUGACACGAUCAAGUCGCGGCUGCAGAGCGCUGAGGGGCGGCCGACGAUUGGCGGCACCAUACGCGGCAUCUAUGCGAGCGGCGGGUACAAGGCGUUUUUCCCGGGCAUCGGGCCUGCUAUGGCGAGGGCGGUGCCGGCGAACGCGGCGACGUUUUUGGGCGUCGAGCUCGCGCAGAAGGCCAUGACGAAGAUGUUUGACAAGGAUGGGGAGUAGGUUGGUGAGUCUUGUUGGAUUGCGAGCUUGAUGUUCGGAU